AUGUUUACACUUUUGUUAAUGGUGUUCUUGGUCGGAUCUGUCUCUGCUCAAACAAUUGGUGAGUUAAUAAGUAAAUUUAAUAUUGUGUUUUUAUUUUUAUAGCAGUAUUAUUAUUUACUAAGUGUGGAUUGUUGGGAAUUCAAUAUAAUUUCAAAUUUUAGACACAAAUAGUUGAUAAAAAAAAUAGUGCUUACUAAGAACUUGUGUAAUUUGGCUAUUCUGUCUUAAAAUUUGAAAUUAACAUUGAAUUAAUUUAGAAUUCCCCAAAAAUCACAAUUUCAUUAAUAAUUUUAAAAAACAUUUUUAUUGACCUAUAUAUAUCUUCUAGGGGAAGACUAUGAGGACGAUUGCGAUGCCCAAGAAAAUACAGAGACUUCCCUUCAAAGUGAAGGAAAUUCUGAAGAAUGCCAAAAUAUCUCUAUGGCAUUGGACACAACCGCAUAUCCCAAAAUAGGUUUGGGGGAUGAGAGAUGUUACUACAGAUUCUUCAGCUGUAGUACUAACUUUUAUAGAGCUCAGGUUAGUGUGUGCUGCUUUGUAUGUUAUUAAUUAUAAUGUAAUAUAUUUAAGCUUUGAAGUUAAUGUUUUUCUAUUGUUCAAUUUUGAAAUAGAUAAUUUUAACACAAAUAAUUAAUCACUUAAGUCUUAAUUGUAAGGUUAAUUAAGUGGCUAAUAUACCUGCACUUAAUAUGUAGAAAAAGUUUUCCUGUUAAAAACUGUGAAAUUCACACUUUAGUGAAUGACCCUUAAAAUAAUCAAACAGAUAUCUGUAAUCUAUGCCAGUGAAAUUAUUGUGGCUUAUAUUUUCAUCUGUACAUUGGGGCUUCCACCAUUUUCUAACAUUCUAUGGGCAAGGACAGAAACAUUCUUCCAUUCCAACUGUUUGGCUGAGGGACUCCUAGUGUCUCCUUAUAAGCCUACAGAGUUUUUCAUCUUGAAACAACAAGAUUUCAAAAUCUAAUGAUAAAAAAUAUGGUGAAUAAUAAUAAUAAUAUAAUUGAUAGACAAAUAUAGAGAGCAGAUAAUAUAGAAUCAAAAAUAAGUAAUCGAUAACUAAUGCCACUUACAAAAUAGAAACAUUUAAGUAAAUAGUGGCAGUUUUUGAUUAUUUUGUACCAAAUUUGGAGUUUACAUAAUAACACACUAUUACAGAUUCUACUUCCUUCACUCUUCUCUACAUCUUCCCACUGAAAGCACAGUUGCAUUUUGGAUAUAUUUUGUCAUGAAAUCAGUAUCAAUGGUAUAAAUUAUUCAUUUGUUGUUCACAGAAAUGGUGCAGACACUACCAUGGGAAUCUCAGUUCUAUUCACAAUAUUAACACCAAUAAUUUCAUUGAACACUUCGUGAGUCGUGUAAACAGACAUGUGAGAUUCAUCUGGAUUGGUGUGAGGAGAAAUGGAUGGGUAAGUAGAAUCUAAUUACAUGAUUUAACUUGAAUCACUAAAUAGUAAAAUGUUAGGAAUUCCCAGAGGAAAUUAAAAUUCAAAACCAAAAUUGUGUAGAUGUAUUGUACAGUUUCCCAGUUAAGCUAUCUUGGCCAAAAUGUGUAAGUUCCUUGUCAGUUGCUUAAAAUUGCUGUUUUAGUGAUUACAAUGGUAAGAAGGCAAACCAUGUUUGACCAGUUGACUUUUUACCUACUAAUGUCUGAGCUAAGCUCUGCACUUUCAGAAGAGCUAAAAAAUUUCUGCUUAGGUAUUUCCUGUUCUUUGGCAUUAGUAGUAAAGGCAGGGAGUGGCGUCCAGCAGCCCCAAGUUAAAAGGCAAACCUUUAAAAAACAGUUUGACUACUUACAUUAGGGCGGAUGUCAGGGCACUCCUGGCAUCAUAACCACUACAGCAAGCUAGGUUAAGGUGCUUGGAGUGUUAAUUUAAAUACAUUUAUUAGUUAGGGACUAUUUUCUCCAUGCUAAGCACUGGCUUAUACCAUUUACUUCAAAAUGCCAUCUUAUUGUUCAUAUACAUGCACUAAAUGUCUCACUUUCUUUGAACUUGCCAGGCAUGUCCACUUUGAUCGCUUUAACUUUAUUCAUACAUUUCUUUUUUUCUUUUUUUUUGCCUCCAGUACAAUAUUAUGUUUAUUGCGAUUUCAUAGAUGUAUAUAUAAUACUCAAUUGUACAUCAAUAAUUAUAAUUUCAGAUUUGUGCCCUGAUUUAAUAUGUUGGUUAAGCUUUUCAAAUUGUUUAUCUACAGAAGUCACCAUUUAAGCCUAUGGGUAUUUUGGUAGAUUCAUCAUUUGAAAAGGUGAUCGAAAAAUAUUAAACCAUUUGAAAAAGUUUAUCCAAAAAAAUUGAAUCAAGUUCAGUGUCCCAUUACUAAUUAAAGGAUAGGAGUAAGAGUUCUAUGGCUUAAAAUCAAAGCCAGCAUUAUAAGGCCUUCUGUAGUGGCUAUGGUGCUAGGAGUGCUCAUGCUAGCUCCCUCGCAAAGCAAGAAAUCAAACUAUUUAAAGGAACACUCUAAGCAUCAUAACCAAAGCAGAUAAAUAAUAUUUAAAUGGUCUUGUACAUCAUGGGUGCCUAAAAGGUACAACUCCAAAUGUUUAAGAACUAGACUUGUAAAAAUCCAAGCAGCUUGAUUGGUUCAGGAGAAAAACAAGUGACAACGUUUCGGUCUCACUAUGAGAUCUUUGUCAAGUCUAAGAAAUCGACUUGUGCAUUUGUAUUCGUAAAAUCACAAAUGUCUGAUUAAUUCAAUGAUCAAAUCACUCAACAAAUGGAAUUCUUCUGUGUGAUUCGUUCAUUUGUCGAUUCAGACGAUGCUCUCAGCGUUGGCAUCACAGAAAAGGAGGGAAAGGGAGAGUGAGUUGAUUUAAUUUAUUUGGAUAAGCUUUUCAAAUUAUUACAAUCUGACCUUGAUAUAUAAUAAACUUUCCAAAUGAUUCCAGUCUUUUACAAAAACUUUCCAAAUGAUUUAUCUACCAAAGUUCCCAUAGAUUUCAAUGGUGACUACAGUUAAAUCUUUUUUCACAUAGUGGAAUCACAAGUACAAAAAUACUAAAUUGAGGACUAAUAAAAAAAAAAAAAAUUAAUAGAGGUUUGAAAUCAAGACCUCUGUUAGAAAAACUUUUUACAUUGUUUAUCAGAAUAGACUUUGGCAUCAAUUUAAUAAUCUUUCCAUAUGAUUGAAUACAGAUUGAUCUACAGAGUUAAAAUGACCGUAUUCACUGUAGCCUGUUAUUGCUGCUGUUGAAAUAGAACUUUACAUGUUUGAUUGUGUAUUAUUUUUCCACUGACCUGUGUCUCUAUGGUUUAUCUCAAUUCUUCUCAGACAUGUCCACUCAGAAAUGUAGAUGGUAGUCGACUGGAUUUUACCAACUGGGCAUGGGGGAACCCUAAAAAUUUUUUACAUAGGUGCACCGCCCUCAAUAUUCGCAGUAAGUAAAAGUAGAACCCAAAUAAAGAAUAAAGUAUUGCUAACUGUAUUAGUUAUUAGUAUAAAAGGCAAUAGGGUAUAUCCUCCAAAGCUAUAUUGUAGAAAGUUUACAUCAAAAUUGCAGAGUAGGAAGAAAUGUCCAUUUCAUUAAAAAAAAAAAUUCUUAUCAUGUUGGGAAUUUUCCUUUGAAGUAUUUUCUUUAAAAUAAAUGCUAUUUAUUUUAUUUUUUGACAUAAUUAGUAAUAUCAAAUAAAAGUUUGCACAUAUUGUGUCUUUCUGUAUUAAUUUGUACAAUCAGAAGCUAUAGCAUAUGCAAUAUUUUUUUUUAUUAAAAUAAUAUAAUGGCAGCUUUUAUUUGAAAUAGACAUCAUCAUAUAUGUCAUAUGUUAUAAUAUUUUAUUGGGCAUCACACUGUUACUGAGAAUUUCUUUUAUUUUACUUUUUUUGUACAGAUGGGAAAUGGUACUCUUUCCAUUGCUGUGCUAGACUGCCAUAUAUUUGCACCAUUAGGUAUUAA